UGUUCAUGAAUAUUUUCUACCUUGAAGAAUAUCUCAAAUAACUAUGAUCUCACUCUUAUAAUAUAUCUGGUGUUAAUUUAAGUUAAGAAAGUGUAUGAGUAUAUCAAAAUGCAACAAUCCCCGUUUGAAAACAUUUUCAACAUAAUUGGCGGGCUAUCAGAAGGAAAUGAGAAGCCCAUGAAACAUGGUUUCUAUAACGCGUUUGCUCUGUUCAUUCUAACUAUAUGUUGUGCUGCAGUUUAUGUGCUGUUUCUUAUACUAGAACCUUUCUUCAAACCCUUAUUUUGGGCACUUUUAGUGGGGUCGUUGCUACACCCAUUUAAAUAUAAAUUGUCCAAGAAGCUAAAGUCGUGGUUUGAAGAUUUAGAGAAAUGUAACAAAUCUGUGAUAUUUGGGUUAAUGUUUUUACCCAUAAAUGUUGUUAAUUUUGCUUCCGAUACUGUUGGGCAUCAGUUCAUAGAACAUUAUAAGACUGUGAUUGGGUUACUCUCUGCAAUAUUUGUUUUACCUUGGCUCUACAAUGCCAUUCCCCGCAGCUUGGUCUGCAUAUUCUGGCAACUGAGCAGUUUUAUUGGCUUCUCAACUACAAAGCUCAUCGGAUUUUGCAGCUCAUACAUUACUCUGACCAUAGCUCUAGCUUAUUUAAUAAGCAUAUGCACAUUAUGGAAGCCGGAACGAUCUGGCAUGUUUAAAGCAUCAUCUCAAUUCCUCUGGCUUGUUAUAACAAGUUUCUUGGCCAGUCUGACUGGGUCUCUGCAAGUCUACACAUUUGUACUGCUGCAGGGGCUAUGUGUUGGCGGAUUUGCGCUGGAAGUGAUUGAUGUUCAUAAAGAGUUGUUAGCGAGAGAUCCUGAGACAUCAGCUAUAGUCGCAAUCCAAAAAGUCCUCACCAACGGACACUGUCAAAAUGAGAUCAAGCAAGAUGAAAAGUCGGAACAGAGCGCUAGCGAGCAGGAAUCGACACCCGAAAAAGAAACCCCAUCUCCCGCCACCCCUGACGCCGCAGCCAAACGGGGAAGCUGGGCAGAAAGCGACCAAAUACACAGCUCGCCUCGCCACGCCAAGAUGCUGUACAAAACCCGAACUCUAUCCGCCUUACCACUAUCGAAUACGAAACCGAAAUCCGCCUUCGAAAAUCGACUCAUCGCAUCAUUCAAACAAAGAUCGAUGGACGAAAAUUACUUGAAAAACAAUUUCAACAGUGACGACGAAACUGCCUUGUAUUUUAAACUACUUUUCUUUGGAUGCCUGUGCAUGCUUGUAUGGAAACAUAUCUGGCUGCUGCCAGUGAUGCUGUUCUUUUUAGCUAUUCAUGUUUUGAAGAGACUGUUGGACUUCUUUGGAGUUUGGCUGUUCUGCGAGAAUCAUUAUAAUAAUUUCAUGGGCAAAGUCAAGAAUUGGUGGUCUGACAGACAAUCAGCAGCUGUACCAGCACACAUUCGUGGAAUCCGCAAAAUCUUCUCUAGUCUAAACAAGAACAUAAGAGACAUGGCCUAUAGUUCUGUGGACACUGUCUCUACUUGUAUCGUCAUCAUCGGCCUUAUAACGUUUCUCAUCGUCGCCACUAUCUUCAUUUGUAUUCAGAUAUACUCAGAGGCAAUAGUGGUGGUCCAACUGAGCGGCAGCCUUCUGAACAGCACUUUCGUACAGAACAGCGAACUGCACGCCUACCUUCCCGAGGGCUGGGAGGAGAAACUAGAUUCCUUGAUCGACAACGCUUAUACCUAUGGAAAGGAGGGCAUUUCUGCUGGCGUAAAAAACAUCCUCAAAGAAGGUGACCCGGACAAGAUCGCCCGCGUAGAGGAGCAAAUCCUCCAGCUAUGGGAGCGCGUGUACCAGAGCUGGGUGUCGGGGCAGUUCGGGCCGCAGAUCGGGCCCGCGGUCAACGGCGCCGCGGUGCAGGACUCGUGGGACAGCUUCGUGCACGACAUGUCCAACACGCCCGGUAUGUUCGACUACUCCGGCAUCGUGGCAUGGGUGCAAGCCAACGUUGGUACGCUGAGCGCAAUAGCUACCAGCAUUUGGGCGCCGCUGGCCAGUAAUGUAUCUUUGCUGGCCGGGUCGAUUGGCGCGUUUACGUCGCUACUGCUCUCUGGGGGAGGCGCUGUCAUCAACAUGUUUAUUAACUUGGUGGUGUUCUUCACAACACUGUUCUACUUGCUGGCAUGCAGCAACGCCUUCUACAAACCAGUGGAGGUCAUCACCCAAGUUCAGCCCAACUUCGGCCCUCGGCUGGGCAUAGCUUUAUCUGUCGCUAUCAAUCAGGUGUUUAGAGCGUCAUUCAAGAUGGCGCUGUUUUAUGGGCUGUGGACGUGGCUGGUGCACAAUCUGUUCGGAGCCAAAGUUGUCUACUUACCUUCAGUGUUAGCGGCAGUUCUGGGCGCGGCUCCAUUCCUCGGGCCGUACUUGGCCGGCAUCCCGGCCGCGCUGGACGUGUGGCUGCAAGGCAGGCCGAUGGCAGCCAUCAUGCUGCCUAUAGCCCAGGCUGCGCCUAUCGCCUUCCUCGACGCAGCCGUCUACGCUGAGAUCAAAGACGGUGGACACCCAUACGUCACGGGUCUAGCCAUAGCGGGUGGUAUAUUCUACCUCGGUCCCGAGGGGGCGAUUCUUGGCCCCUUACUACUCUGCUGCCUCAUGGUAGUCCUGAACCUUUCCUCUGCCUUCCUACGAGAUACGCCCUUGGAAGAGCGUGCCGCGUUGCAUUCGCGUGUCAGUGUACCAAAGUGGUUGGCGAACGAGAAAUUGUCUCAACUUGUUUUUUCUAUGAUGGUCAAAAGGUUAAACAAGGCUCGGUGCUUUUCUCUGACGGGCAUGCAUGGACUACUAACACUCGGUCGGUCCCCAACUGAUAUGUCAAUUAAUAAGCCAACCAAUGUAUGGUAUCAUAAGUAAUAACUAUGCAUUCUUCGCUAAAAUGAACUAAACAAACGAUGUAAUAGGAAAGCUUAGGAGCCUGAAUACAGUGUCACGGGACUUAACCCUAACUUUCAUUGAUUCAGAAACAUAUAUUAUUGGAAACUUUUAAUAUAUACCCCUUAUUCAUAAACGGUCACUAAAGUUAUCAAGCCUAUAAAAAUCGUUUGUCCCUUUCUAUCACACUAAUACAUCGGAAAAGGACAAACGAUUUUUAUCGGCUUCAUAACUUUAGUGAACGUUUAUUAAUAAGGGCGAUGUCUGUGCACUAAAAACCCGUUUCCUCACUUCUUUAAAGGCUGUUGAACAUUAUUGUCACUAUAAUAGAGUGACUAUAGAGUAAAAGAAUGUUCCAAAUUAAAAUAUAUACCUAGUAUGUUAUAAUGUUUAUAAUAGUAAAAUGGUUCUGAUUUAGGGUUCCAAGUUGUGAUAUCAUUUAAAAAUAUGUAUUUAAUAUUCAUUUUUCCUUUAUUUAUAGUAUCAUUCCGUAUACCUAAUACUGAUAUCAUACUUACGUGAUAGCACAGCGAUAGUAAGCGGUCAUAUACACCUUUUAUUUUAUGAAACAAACUACCUAUUCAUACUAGUAGAAUUUAUGUUAUUCUAUGAAAAAUUCUAAUAACACAUAACAAUAUACGGAUUGUGUGGAAACAAGGGAUCCGGUUUAAUGUUAUUUUUGAUACUAAACAUGUUGGUAUUUAUUUAGAAUCUCUUAUUCAUGAGAAUCGUAAGUAUAUUACAGAGAUUAUUAUCGUUUAUCGUAUUCCAUUGUAUGUAGAGCUUAUAAGUGUUGUACGGUCAACCAAUUGGAACCCUAGGCCACUGUAGAACUAUGUCAUAGUGACGUCAUAAAUCAGAUUGUAAGAAGUAUCUUACUGCUUGUCCUUUUGACAAGGUUGUAGAGUGUUCAAUUGAUUGACUGUACUUGCUUCAGUGGAUGCACAGAAAUGUCUUGUUAUGUCUUUUUAAUAUAAUACAGCAAGUAUAAAUGUUGUGAUGUCCUGAUUUUGAUAUCGAAAUGAAAAUUGACAUAUAGUUAAUUGUAAUCAUGCUCAGUUUUAGGCGUUGCAUGCAUUAACAUUACUUAAAUUGAAUAACAUUGUUUACUAGUCCAAGCAUUUAACUUUAUAAAUAAUGGCCUAGAAAAAUCUAUUUCAGUUCCUUGUAAACUAUAACCCGAAUAAUGGUUUUGUUGGAAUACCGCAAAAACAACAAUAUAAGUAAAAUUAUCAAUAGAAGUAACAUUUUCAGGAUAAUGUUCAAAUUAGAUUGUACUUUUGUACCUAAGAGUCUUGCAGUGAAUAACCGUAUCCACUUUUUAUACCUUUAUACCUAAGGUACAGCGGGACAAAUCUCGACUGGGGGGUCAAAUGUAACUAGUCCAUUUUUUCCAUGUUCUACAAUUCCAAUAAGGUCUAGUUUACCCUUCGGGUUGAAAUGUCAGAUAC